AUCGGUCCCGGCGACCGGGUCGGCACCUUCGCCUGGAACACCUACCGGCAUCUUGAGGCAUACUUUGCACCGCCUUCCAUCGGAGCGGUGGUACACACUAUCAACAUCCGGCUCGCCGCCGACGACAUCGUCUACAUCAUCAACCACGCCGGCGACAAAGCCCUCCUCAUCGACCCUGACCUCGCGCCCCUUGUCGAAGCCAUCGCCCAUCGCCUCACCACCGUUCAGCACUACAUCAUUCUGGGCGAUGCCAGCGAUGUCGACACCACGUUGCCUUCCCCCAUCGCCUACGAAGACCUGCUGACCUCGGCCUCCGGCGAAUAUCAUCCCGCCGUGGUCGACGAAUAUUCCAUCAUGGGCCUGUGUUACACCUCGGCCACCACCGGGUUGCCCAAAGGUGUUGCUUACUCCCACCGCGCCGUUUAUCUCCACACCCUCUCCGUCGCCACCGUGGACGUUCUCGGCGUUUCCGAGCGCGACCGCGUCAUGGCUGUCGUUCCCAUGUUUCACGCCAACUGCUGGGGUUUACCCUACGUCUCGACCCUGGUCGGCGCCGACCAGAUUUUCCCAGGCAGCCGGCCCGGCCCGCGGGAAAUCUGCGAACUGGUGGAAACCGAAGGUGUCACUUUCAGCGCUGGCGUACCCACCAUCUGGAUCGGCGUCCUGGAUUAUUUGCAACGGUCCGGCAUCGAGUACGACUUCUCCACAUUGCGCGAAAUCAUCAGCGGCGGCUCCGCGGUGCCAUUGGCCGUUUUGCAGGCUUACCGCGACCGUCUGGGCGUAGACAUGAUCCACGCCUACGGCAUGACCGAAGCAGCGCCCCUUGUCUCGGUAAACCGCCGUCGCACCGGCCUCGACCACCUGUCCGAAGCGGAGAGACUGGAUCUGUGCGCGAAGCAGGGCGUCGUUGCUCCCGGCAUCGAAAUGAAACUGGUGGACGAUGAGGGACACGAGGCUGCCUGGGACGGCGCACAGCUGGGAGAAUUAUGGUUCCGCAGCCCCUGGAUGGCUGAUGAAUACGUGAAUGACGAACGCAGCGCCGAAACUUUCGUGGCCGGCUGGUAUCACAGCGGCGACAUCGCGUCCGUCGACCCGCAUGGUUAUAUCCAGAUCGUCGACCGCGUGAAAGACAUGGUCAAAAGCGGCGGCGAAUGGAUUUCGUCAGUUGACCUGGAAUCAGCCAUUAUGGCCCACCCCGAUGUGCUGGAGGCAGCCGUGAUCGCCAUACCCCAUCCCCAGUGGCAGGAACGCCCCCUGGCCUGCGUGGUAACCAGGGCCGAUUCCGGCAACCAGCUCGAUCGCCAGGCAAUCCUCGAUUUCAUCCAGCCUAAAUUCGCCCGCUGGUGGCUUCCCGACGACGUGGUCUUCAUCGACGAAAUCCCCAAAACCGGCGUGGGCAAAUUCGACAAGAAAUUGCUGCGGGAUCGCUUCGAGCACCACCGCGUUGAUGGUUAG